UCCUUUUCUACACUUUGUUGGUAUUCAACUGGUAGUUGUUGUUGGAUGCUGCCUCUUCUCUUGCCCUCCCAUUCUCUAGCCCACUUUCUCUCUCUAGAGCUACACUCUGAAAAUUUGGUUGUGAUGCAAAUGGAGUGAGAGAAAGAUUCCAUCUUUGCUGAAAAAACUCUGCUGGUUGAAGGGUUUUGUUUAUAAACAUACACAGUGCUUCUCCAAGGCAGUUUAUAUAAUGGAUAGGUCGGAUACAUCAGGUUUUGUGAGCGGUGGAGGUCGAGUGUAUGUUUGUCUUGUUGUUUUCAUUUUAAUUUAUGGUUUUUCCCACUAGGCAUUGAGUAGCAUUCUUUCGGAGCUGCUCCAUCAUUACUUCAAACUAGUAUAGGUAUUUCCAUUAAUCAGAUCAAGAACAAAAUGUAUUCCUCUUUUUGUGGUGAUCUCUUUAAGAAUUGUAAUGUCGGAGAUACUACCCUGCGGUUGGAUGGCUUUGGAUACCGAACACGUGAAGGUGUCACACUUAGCAACAAUGAAACUAAUAUUGGUGGUCAAGGAAAUACCCCAGACGAUGGAUGCAAAUUAGUUCUAGGAUUGGGCCCGACGCCAAGUGCCUAUUCUAUUGAGUGUCCCCCUUCAAGUGAUAACAAAACUAAGGGACUUUCCGCCGUAUUUACUCAAGUGUUGUCAACUCAACAUGAUUCAAUUUUGAAGCUCGGGCUGUCAGGGAGCGCUGAUGCAUUUUCCAAUAUGCUCGACUUUUCAGCUUCCACUCAGAGUCAUGUUGAUGCAACUAAUCAGCUUGAUCAAGUGUCUGCAGAUGGUAACCAACGUGUGAUUCCUGUUGUUGAUGAGGGUUCUACGUCAGCCAAGAAAUCAGGAGGCUAUAUGAGGAGCCUUAUUAUGGCUCCAAGAAUGGAAAAGGUUGAGGUGUCGGUGACCCUGAACAAGUCUUUUGAACUUAGUGCGAAAUCUGAUUGUCAACUUUCUCCUCUGAGUUCUAAACCUUCAAAUGUCUCUAAUCACUCCAUCAGUGCUGUAUCUGAGCCUGGAAGUGCUACAUUAUCAGCAGAUCACAGAGGCAGCUAUAUCAGAAGAUGCAAGUUUGCUGGGUGUACAAAAGGAGCGAGAGGGGCAACAGGUCUGUGCAUUGGCCAUGGGGGCGGACAGAGAUGCCAAAAGCUGGGUUGCAAUAAAGGUGCAGAAAGCCGAACGGCAUAUUGCAAAGCCCAUGGAGGAGGGAAAAGGUGUCAGCAAUUAGGAUGCACCAAGAGUGCUGAGGGAAAGACAGAUUACUGCAUAGCACAUGGUGGUGGGAGACGUUGUGGACAUCCAGGAGGUUGCACAAAAGCGGCACGUGGUAAAUCUGGUCUUUGCAUCAAGCAUGGUGGGGGAAAGAGGUGUAAGGUCGAAGGCUGCACCAGGAGUGCUGAAGGACAGGUUGGCCUGUGCAUCUCUCACGGUGGUGGACGACGUUGUCAGUUCCUCAGCUGUACUAAAGGUGCGCAGGGGAGUACCACAUUCUGUAAAGCGCACGGUGGUGGAAAGAGAUGCAUAUUUGCUGGCUGCACAAAAGGUGCCGAAGGAAGCACACCGCUCUGCAAAGGGCACGGUGGUGGGAAACGUUGCAUGUUUGAUGGUGGUGGGAUAUGCCCAAAAAGUGUGCAUGGAGGUACAAAUUUCUGUGUUGCCCAUGGAGGAGGAAAGAGGUGUUCCAUUCCCGGUUGCACCAAGAGUGCCCGUGGCAAGACUGAUUGUUGUGUCAAACAUGGUGGGGGAAAACGGUGCAAGAUCGAAAAUUGCGGGAAGAGUGCUCAGGGUAGUACUGACUUCUGCAAGGCCCACGGAGGUGGAAAGAGGUGCAACUGGGGUGAGGGGAAAUGCGAAAAAUUUGCAAGAGGAAAGAAUGGUCUCUGCGCUGCACACAGCAGCCUGGUUCAGGCCCUAGUACCGGCUACCGCAUCAACUGCUCAAAGCAACUUUAACAACACAUGUUCAUCGUCGGGUGUAACUGCAAUCUCAGACACAAUCAACUCAUUCGAGAAGCCAGCCAAACGGCAACAGCUCAUCCCUCCUCAGGUACUGGUUCCUUUGUCGAUGAAGACCUCAUCGUCUUACUCAAGACCGUUGGGUUCGGAGAAGCAACUGGAAAGGAGCAGCGGGGGUGAUGGCGUCGGCAGCAAUGAUGCAAGAAAGAGCAUCGAUUUCAUCGUUCCUGAGGGCAGAGUCCAUGGUGGUGGACUGCUGUCCUUGCUAGGAGGAAAUCUCAAUAAUGUAAUAAAUGGGAUUUGAAGUGGGUCUACCACAAUGGCGAGUUGUGGUCUAUCUCGUUUCUUGGAACAAUUCUUCCUUGUAUUUGAACUUACAUAAAUAUGGUUGAAAAUAUGGAACUAGUAGUGUAUUUUGGCAUGUGCAAUUAAGGGGAAUGCAUGUUUUCAUUGCAUCCAUAUGAAUGUUCAAUAAAAGUUGUAAUUGUUCUGAAA